AUGUUCAGGGCUAGAACACUUCGCUUUUGCGCCCGGCCGCGGGCUGCGGCGCCGGUUCGCGCGUUUCAGCCGCUGGGGUUCUCCACGACGGCGACGGCGCGCGCGGCCGAUAUACUCGAUGUCGUCUCACUGCCUCCUAGGGUUAUCCCCAAGUACCGCGACCCCCCGAACUCAACUUCUGGUCUCCUCACCCUGCACUGGCCGACGCCGCCGCGAAACAUCCUCCUGAUGCCGAAGCUGCGAUCCCCCCAAGUCCUCCGGGCAACCAUCGACUUUGCGAAGCACCUGAAUAGCACCUACUCUGGCUUGAAUUUGAUCUUUGAGCCUAGGGUUGCGCAAUUGGUGCACGAGUCUUUCAAUUUCCCCAUCUACACCUGCGAUCCUUCGGCAUUUCCCGACAAAAUCGACAUGAUCACAACGCUGGGCGGCGAUGGAACCAUCUUGCGCGCCGCAAGCCACUUUAGCAUGUACUCGGCGGUACCUCCAAUCCUAGCUUUCAACUUUGGCACUAUCGGCUUCCUUGCCGAAUGGAAGUUUGAGGAGUACAAGCGCGCUUGGAGAGAGGCAUACAUGAGUGGCAGUGGUGUCGCCGUUCAGGAUCUUUUGUCGCCGCACACCAGAGUAGCAAGUGGAGAGAAAGAACACGAUACCAACAAUGGGGACCAGUCUGGAUGGCACGCCUCGCCUGGCAAGAGCAUGGGCCAGAGCCGGGCCGCCAAGAUUCUGCUCCGGCAUCGUCUGCGGGUCGGCGUUUACGACAACAAUGGCCAGAACAUCAACAGUCAAUUACUUCCAACCACAAAAUCCCAGGCGCACUUGCCAGCGAUCCCACCCGAGGACACAAUCCUGACAAAGAGAGAUAUCCCUCAACCGAUCCACGCCCUGAACGAGCUCCUCAUCCACCGCGGCCCGAAACCUCACCUCGCCCACAUCGACAUCUACCUCAAUAAUCGCUUCUUGACGGAGGCCGUCGCGGACGGCAUACUUCUCAGCACGCCAACGGGCUCGACGGCCUACAGCCUCAGCGCUGGUGGCUCCAUUAUCCAUCCUCUAGUGAAGUCUUUGCUCAUCACCCCCAUCUGCCCCAGGAGCCUCAGCUUUCGACCUCUGGUGCUGCCCCUGAGCACAAAGGUCACGCUCAAGGUCAGCAGCAAGAACCGCGAUGGCGAGCUUGAGGUCAGUAUCGAUGGUAAGAGAAGCGCCGGCGCGGGCAUUGGCACUGAGAUCCGCGUCGAAGGCGAAAUGGUUGGCGAGUCUGCCGACGGUGAUUGGAAAGGCGGCGUCCCUUGCGUCAUUUGCGGACCAGGUAAGGGCGACACCUCCGAUUACGAUGACGAUGGUUGGGUGGGCGGCUUGAAUGGCCUCCUAAUGUUCAACUACCCGAUCGGGAGACAGUGA